GUGAUAAUGGAAGUAAUAUAGGGCGAUUCAGAUGGAUCGUCGAACGUGAUGGUGAAAAUGCUAGAUAAAUGCCCGGGACUGUACUGCGGACGCACGGUGCUUGCGAACGGAUCGCUCAGUGACUGUGGAGCCUGUUUGCGGGGGUACCGAGUGAACGAUCGGUACGUGUGCUCACCGUGCGACAAUGAUCUUACAUCACACGACUGGCUGUACCUGGGGUUCAUGGCAAUCCUGCCGCUGAUCAUCCACUGGUUUUGCAUCGAUUUGAACGCUCAAAUGAGCAAGUUUACGAAGCGUGAACUGAUUCUGCACGCGAGCGCCUGCAUUGAGGUGCUGCUGUCCGCGUUCCUCACCAUCCUGUUCACGGACCCGAUCUGGGAGUUGCGAAUUAACUCGUGCGGCGUUCGCAAGCUCUCCGACUGGUACACGCUGUUCCACAACCCAACACCCAACUAUGAGACGACCCUAUACUGCACGCAGGAGGCCGUGUAUCCGCUGCAGACGAUGAUCUUCGUGUUCUAUCUGUUCUGCGUCACGUUCAUGAUGAUUAUACGGCCCGGGUUGAACGUAAAGUUUCUACCGUACCGUGGCAAACUGGCCGUCUACUAUGCCCUCUACAUCUUUCCCAUCCUGGCGCUGCUGCAUGCCGUCGCCGGCGGGCUCAUUUACUACUCGUUCCCCUACCUCAGUAUCGUAAUUUCGGUGGUCUCGAAUGCGCUGCAUUUUUCGCUCAAACUUGACCCAACCAUGAAGUCGCUGCUGGAAACAUCCAUCACGCAGAUGCGAAACGCCACCAUUAUACUUGGACACUGGGUGCUGCUGGCGUACGGUAUUGUGUCGAUUCCGUACGAUAUAUCGUACUUUUCGUUGUUGCUCGUUCCGGUUCCGGCGCUGUUUUACAUCUUUACCGCAAAAUACACUCAUCCAGAUAAUUUUAAGUAAUCGUAGCGUGCCACCCGCUGCGUGAAGACGGAAGCGAAGCGAAGUGUACUGUACUGAGUGUACUGUGAUCUAGAACUAUGUCUGUGUAUAAAAGUUGGGCGUUUUGGAUCCACGCCUGCUUUGAUUCAUGGCAAUUCCGAAUUUAGAUUUAUGGCCUUUCUACCCUAAUUUGGCCAAUUCUGCCAACUCAAAUAACCGAAUGUUUUGUGAGUUGGUAAUGAAAUUAACUUAGUGAGUGUUUUGAUUUAGUAAAAGCCUAGACCUAGAAUGCCUUGGUUUUUGGAAUCAAACAAGUAUUUCCAUGUGUUGGAUAAC